UGCUAAUUUUUCUCUUACGUUAAAGAGUGCUUUAGAUAUUUUUACAAUGCACUCAUCGUGUUUUCAAAAGUUCCUUCGUACCUGCACCAGUUCUAAUCGGAAAUUUGGAUUUAUUGUCUUCAAGUGGAUUUUUCUGACCCAGUGGAUUACAGAUUUGAGCGAGUUGGUGAGUGUUGUUUGUUCAUUUUCUAUUUUACUGAGCAUGUCUGCAUGGUCCAAAUAUCAUGUGCUCCCAUUGGGACGCUUGUCUCCUUUGUCUUGAUUCUAAGAUUUAUUUAAUUUCCGUGAGCAAUUUGGAUGGUACUGAAACCUUCUUGUGAUCAUUUUUAUGCAAAUGGUUUUCUUUCCAUGAAAAAUUGUCACGGAAAUGAUUUCGUUUCCAUGAAAAAUUUUCACGGAAAUGAUUUCGUUUCCAUGAAAAAUUUUCAUGGAAAUAAGCCACAUGGAAAUCAGCCACACGGAAAUCAGCCACAUGGAAAUAUUUCCUGUUCCAUUUUUCCGUGUCAUUUUUUCAUGGAAAUCAACUUCAUGGAAAUCAUCCACACGGAACAUUUUUAGCAAGCCGAUUCCUCGCAUCGAAGAACUCAUAAGCGAACUCAAGGAAUCUUCAGUUUAUUGCAAGAUCGAUCUAUACAAAGCGUACCUACACGUUGAAAUGGAUGAUGAAGCAAAGAAAAUUCAAGCCAUCUCUACGCAUAGAGGCACUUACCUCAUGAACAGGCUCAGCUUGGGAAUCAAAACAGCCCCCAGCCAGUUCCACCAGAUCCUUGGUCGUCUACUCGCUGGACUUUCAGGCCGCAAUUUACAGGGAAAUCAACCACUUCUGGAUUUCGAACUCUCAGCUUGUCAUGAAAAUACGCUAAAUCAAAUUUCCAGUGCCAAUGUCACAAGUUACGACAUCGCAGAGGCAGCAGAAUCGGAUCCAAAGCUCGUUGAUAUUAUCUCCAAGCUUCGCAGCAGCAGCGAAGACCCCGCCUGUAUGGAGUACGUAUUAGAAGGCGAUAUUGUUUACAGAGGUAACAGAGUCUAUAUCCCUCAGUCAUUGAGAGGCCAAAUACUCAAAGAAUUGCAUGAAACUCAUUCAGGAAUCACAAAGACAAAGCAACUCGCUAGAAGAUAUGUCUACUGGCCUUCAAUUGAUUCUGAUAUUGAAAAAUUAAUCAAAUCAUGUGAGCAGUGCAUGCUAUCUCAGAAGUCUCCUAAGAAAGUUCCUACCCAUAAAUGGGAAGAGCCGACUCAAAACUUCUCCAGAGUACAUAUGGACUAUGCAGGUCCAAGGAAAGGAUUCAAUUUUCUCAUCCUUGUCGAUGCCAAGUCUAAGUGGCCAGAAGUCCGCAUUCUUAGCAAAGCUCCUACUACAGAUUCUACUAUCAAAUUAUUAGAAGACAUAUUCUCUUUCCAUGGCUACCCUCAAACUUUAGUUUCAGAUAAUGCUUCAAUUUUCUCCGCCGACAACGCAGAAUUUAGCAAUUAUUGCAAAACAAAAGGAAUUUUCCAUUGUUUUACUGCCCCUGGGAAGCCAGCCACAAAUGGCCUAGCAGAGCGUUAUGUUCAAAUAUUAAAAUCCAAAUUAUCAAAAAUGGAUGCAGAACCUGGUGACAUUCAAGAAAAAGUGCGUCAAAUUGUCCUGCGAUUCAGAGCUACACCGUUAUUGGAUGGAUCUAGCCCUGCAGAACGCUACCUAGGGCGUAGAAUCAAACUUCGCUUGGAUGCCAUUCACCCAUUCAAACCGCUCAAAAAUUCGUCGUGUCAAGCCACCCACCUCCGUUCCUUCCAAAUUGGUGACAAGAUAAUCGCUCGUGUGUAUAGAAGCAACAAACCUUCAUGGCAACCCGGCCUCGUCCGGAAAAAAUUUGGUAAAAUCCACUAUCUAGUAGAAUUAAGCAACGGGUAUACACUGAAGCGACAUAUCGACCAACUGCGAGAUGCAAGUUUCCUUGACUUCAAGACCCCGGAGCAACAACAGAGUAAGCCGAAAAAGCAGGUUUCGUUUCAAGUGCAAAUGCCAACUCCAAGGGACAUUCCAGAUCUCCAUGUAGUGCCAUCUGGAAGACAGGUUGUCAUACCUGUAGCAAAGCCUGCAUCGCCUGGCUCACCUUCAGCUAGUCGGAAGCCGCCUACUGUUCAGGGUUCAAGCAGUCACCUUGUAAGGCAACCAUUGCCUCUUACCAGCCAUGGUAGCCUGCCAAGCCCGGUCUCUCUGCCGUCAACUAGCCAAUCUGCGAAUCAAGACGUUCCGCCUCCAGUCAUUGACCUAACAAGCCAGACUCCUAGGAAGCUGCCAAGUGUAGGAAGAGGUAGGGCAACUAUACGGUCGCCUGUGUUAGACCGCCCUUCUCGUAUCAAAAAAGUGCCAGGACAUUUGAAAGACAAAUUGUCCCCAAAUAAUUUGUAUUGUACCCCUAGUGAUUUUUCUGUACCCCAAGCCCAGCCAAUGUGCUUUUUCUUUUUAGUGGGGAAGGCUGUAAUAUCCCAUAGGUUGGUAACAUGUAAUGGCGGAGAUGUGUCUCUCCGUCAGGGUCAGGCCGUGGAGGCGCACUCUGUCUUCUCUAUCGAAUAAACUCGCUGUGUGAUAACGUC